AUGCUGUUGUCCUUCCUCGCCUUGACCCCCUCGAUCGUUGUGGCCAAACUCCCCGCCGCCAUUGAUCCCUGGUAUCCAGUGCCAGCACCGAAAGAAUCAGACACUCAUGACUUUACACUAAGACACAUUUUCCAUCGAGGCACCUAUCGAGAUCCCAAUCUGCACAAACGCUACGAUUUUAGCCCGCAGGCGCCCGUCCUUCUCACCCAAGACGAUGACCAUGUCCAGACGUCUUUCCUCCAACCGCCGCCACACUUCAUCCUGCGUUCUGACUCUGUCGAGAUUGAGCGACUAGUUGACAGGCAAGCGCCGAGCAUUGAGAGAUAUCUCCAACAUGCUCGAUACACAGGCAGUCCGGCUGUGCUUGACGCUUCGCAGUGGACACUGGACGAGGUGGUGGGUCCCAAUAUCGAGCACAAGCCCACGGUACUCAACCUGGCGAUAAUGGCAGCCAACGCAUAUAACCCAGGCCCUGGCGAAGGAGAUUGGGAAGAUGUCAACCAAGGCUAUAACCGAUCUACACCAUUUGGAUGGGAAGGCGACGGGUUGAGGGGACAUAUAUUUGCCAACGAAGGCAACGAAACAGUCAUCAUUAGUCUCAAGGGGACUUCUCCUGCCGUCUUUGAUGGAGAUGGGACUACCACCAAGGACAAGCUAAACGACAAUCUCUUCUUCUCUUGCUGUUGUGCUCAAGGCGGCUCAUACUUCUGGCAUCAAGUCUGCGACUGCCAGACCGGCACGUAUACUUGCAACCGGACAUGUGUAGUCCAAGCCUUGAGACAAGAGAACCGGUAUUAUCGAGCUGCAAUCGACUUGUAUACCAACGUUACGGAAUUAUACCCAGAUUCGAACGUCUGGCUUGCAGGUCACUCCCUUGGCGGCGCAGUAACUAGCCUCCUUGGUCUCACAUUUGGUCUGCCAACCGUAACAUUUGAAGCGCCUGGCGAAGAUCUUGCAGCAAAGCGCCUCGGCCUUCCGGCUCCCCCAUCAUCAAAUCCCAACAGACCACGCACAAAAUAUACCGGGGCUUAUCACUUUGGAAACACGGCGGAUCCAGUCUUUAUGGGAACCUGCAAUGGUGCCACAGCAACGUGCACGUUGGGUGGGUACGCCAUGGAAUCCCAGUGCCAUACUGGCAAACAAUGUGUUUACGAUACUGUGAGUGACUACGGUUGGCGUGUGGGAAUAGGAAACCAUAAGAUUCACAAUGUGAUCGACAAUGUGAUCAAAAUGUACCAGACGGUCCCCACUUGUGAACCUGACGAUGAGUGUGUGGAUUGCUUCAAUUGGAAGUUCUUUGAGAGCAAUGGCUCGGACUCGACGACGACCACCCGGACAACUAGCACAAGCUCAACAACCCGCUACGACGACCACGGUACCGGUGGUUACCACCACCUACACGACCACAAGUUGCGUUACACCAGGCUGGUUUGGGUGCAACGAGAAAGUCAAUGUCACGGUAACAACAACCACGCUCGCGCCAACAACAACCUCGUCCACCGCAUCUGUCCCUGCUUCUGUCACGCACGACCCAUCGUCAACCUGUGA